CAUUGGCUUACAGUCGGUUUUUUCCCAUUCUUCAUCUCUGUGCCUGAAGUAAUCUUCCCCACAGGAAACUGGAGUUUCACUUGAUUCUAUCUCUCAAAAACGAAGAUUAAGAACCGCAGUCCACAAUGAAGGCAUACUGGUACGACAACAAGCCGGGUGACCAGCGCGAGCCCCACGACUCCGGUCGCCCUGUCUCCGAAGACUAUCUCGCCUCUAUCGGUGUCUUUUACCGCUACUGCCCUGAUAUCGAGACUGUUAAUACUUUGGCCGAGGAGCGCGGAUACAAGAACCGCGAUGAGGUUUGCGUCUCUCCCCAGACCAUGGGUGAUCUCUACGAGUCGAAGGUGAAGAUGUUUUUUGCUGAGCAUCUUCACGAGGAUGAGGAAAUUCGGUACAUCCGCGACGGCGAGGGCUACUUCGACGUGCGUGGCCAGGAGGACGAAUGGGUCCGGAUUCAGCUUAGCAAGGAUGACCUCAUCAUCCUUCCCGCCGGGAUUUACCAUCGAUUCACGACCGAUGAGAAGAACUAUGUCAAGGCUAUGCGCCUUUUCCAGGAAGAGCCCAAGUGGACGCCUUUGAACCGUAGCAAAGAGGUGGAUACUAACCCGCACCGGAAGACAUACCUUGGUACUCUCUCUAGCGCUGCUGUGACUGCUAACUAAACCGGUGCCAUACUAGGUUUAGGAUUAAGCAGGGACAAACCUUAGGGAGGUUCAAUCGGCCUGGUGAUCUACAUCUUUCCGGGUGACAGGCAUGACUACAUUGAACGAUUAGAUGUGUAUAUACCAAAGCAAUGAGAUCCAUGACAAAU